CGAAGGCCGGGGAUGGAUUCAACUUCCACCCAAAAUGUUUCCGGAUCGGCUGGCAAGCCAUUCUGAGAAACGGCAGCAGCGAAGAGGUGACGAAGCUAAAGCAGUGGCUCAACAAAGAGAAAGAGGACAACGCCCUCAUCUACACGCCGCAACUGACAGACAACGGCUACCGGAACAGGGACGGCGAGGAGGUCAACCUCCGAAACAAAAAGGAAGACACAGCGGUGCCGGAAAGCAUCUGGCAGGCGGAGAAAGACGGAAAAAAAGGAGCGAAAGGCAGAGGCAAGGACCAGAAGGGAAAGGACACGAAGGGCAGAGACGGCAAGAAGGACGACGAAGACCGACCCAGGGGACGCAGCAGAGCGCGAGGACGAAGCCAGGCAAGAGAGCGGCAGCCAACAGGCAGCAACGAAGACGACAAGCAGAACCGAACAAAACCACCAGCGAAAAAAGAAACGGGCGAACGCCCCGCG